UUAGUGAGGCUGAGUGCUGCCGCGACCACCACAACUUCUAGUUACCCGUGGGUGUAAACAAAAAGGUCGAGGGAAGCCGGGUAGAGCCAUAUUGAGCCUUAUCCCUACCCACCAGGCACUCAUCACCACCAUGGCAGGGACACUCAUCAAAAAGGGACUCGACCAACUUAAGAGUCCGGAGUUCAGAAAUUAUUUAAUGAGCACACACUUCUGGGGUCCUGUAGCUAACUGGGGCAUACCCCUUGCAGCCAUUGCUGACACCAGGAAGCCCCCGGAAUAUAUCAGUGGCAAGAUGACAUUUGCACUGUGUCUUUACUCUGCGAUCUUCAUGAGGUUUGCCAUAAAGGUUCAGCCUCGCAACCUGCUCCUGUUUGCUUGCCACUUCACCAAUGAGACAGCCCAGGUUGUACAGGGCUGUCGCUUGAUACAAUAUGAGUACCUGGGAGGGAAGGAUGCAGCAGCCAAGGCUGCAGUGGAUGCCAAGGUUGCGUAAGCUGACCCAAUCCAACGUUCAAGUUCUUAGUUAUACAGUUCAUUCUUGACACUGUUGCACCCACAUACCAUAAAUAAAACUGAGCUCAUAGCACAAGAUAGUACAGUCUAACAUUGCACAAUGAAGAGCAGGUACACAAUAUAGUAGAGACAGAUGGUGACAAACAUAUGUUCAGAAAUAAAUCAAGCAAACUGUAAACUCAGGACUUGUCAUUAGUAGCUUGCAGCAUUUGAACUUCCCUGGACUCAAAAUUUAUUUUCCAAAAUCCAUAGUUGUCAUUUUGAAGCAUGUGGUGAGUGAACAAGAUGUAGUCAUUCAUUAUGAUAAGUGUUGCAAAAUCUCACUAUAAUGGGCUAUGGUGUGGGCCAGCUGACUUAUUCUUAUUUUUAAGGUGACCAUUUGAAUGAAGAUUCUGUAUAUAAGUGUUCCUCACAGCAAAUGUGGACCAAUUGUUGUUGAAGACCAGAGAUUUGUUGUGCCAUUGCCUGGUUUUAUCAAGCUGGACUUAAAUGAUAAAUGACAGAAGCCCACAGAAGUAUAAAUUAAGAGCUGCAGAAAAAUAAUAUUAAUGAAAUUAAAUAUAGCAACAACACUACACAAGAAUCAAACAUUUGUAGCAGCACAGUGAACUUCAUGAAUGUAAGAUGAAGUCGCAAGCCAACAAAUUUUGGAAUGUCAUUGCUUACUGUGUGUGUGUGUGUGUGUGUGUGUGUGUGUGUGUGUGUGUGUGUGUGUUUUCAUUUUUUAGCUAUUAUUAUGAAAUGUAUAUUUCAGAAAGCUAUAAUUAUCAUCUACCUAAAUUUGUUGAAAUGGUCUUGUGGGGACACUGAAGGUAUCAGUGAUAUUAUCCAGCUAGACUCAUUGUUGUAGGCUUCCAUAGGUGUAUAGAAUAUUAUAUAUGAAUCAUAGUGGAUAGAUGGACAGGUGCAGAUUCAGACUGAGAAUCCUUUAUUCAAAAACUUUGAAAUCUGGAAUAUUUUAGUACAAUACACCAUCAUUUAAAUUUUGCCAAUACCAAUGUGACACAAAAUCAGUACAGAUUCUAUUACUUUAUGUUUUGAAGAUAUCCUGUGCCACAUCUAUUUAUUUAUUUUUUUUCCAAUAUGUGUUUCUUAUCUUUUUUUAUUGUGGUAAGUAGAAAUUUGUAUGUAUGGAUGUUACUAAAUCUUUAAAAAUCUUAAAUCCUUCUGAUAUCAAACAUCAUGGAUAGUGGAUUCUUCUCCUUUUUAUUUGUAGAUGUAUCUAUAUAUGUAUUUUUAUAUAGUACCAGAAAAAUUAACAGUAAACAUAUCUUAUUGUUUUGUUUUGUUAUACAGACAAUAAUAUCUCUUCAUUAAGCAUGAUAAAGACGAACUUAUGCUCUAAGUAGUCCCUAAAGGAGCAGUCAGUCUGCAUAUCACAUGCUUUGCACUGCAACACGGGUACUGCUGCCACCAAAAGCUCCCCACCACCAGUCUGUUAAAGUGAGGUUUCGCUGGAAUGUUUUUAAAUUAGCACUCGGUUGUUAUGCAGAAAGUUGAUUUAAUUAUUUGUUAUAUUUUUUUUAUUUAAUUAUUUGUAAUAUUUUUUUAUGUUUUUAACAGUGAUCAUAUUUUUGAUAUAGUACGUAAUAGUAAGGUCAUGUGUGACAUAUCGGUGUAAUGGUUUCCUGUAAAUACUGAAACUUGCAUUUGUUGGUGCACAAUCUUGUUAAAUAGAGUAUUUUACUGUUGUUAAUGUAGAGCUCUGGUGAAUAUGUAGUAUGAUUGUAGUGUAAAUUCUAUGAUUCUAUGAUGACUCUGAUUCAGUAUCACUUGAGAAAGUAAGUUCUGUUUGUUAACAACAUCUUUUAUUGAGAAUCUGUCUCGUAAUGUUUGUUUUAGAAAUACUUACGGUCCAUAUUUUGAUAAGAAAUCUUUGAUUCAGACUAUGGACAUGUGUAUCUUCAGGGAAAAAAAAAAUACUGUAAAUGAGAUUGGGGUAAGAAUUACAGUAGAUCUUUCAUCAAAGUUUACAUCAGAGUGAGACAGAAGAGAGAGGACUAAGACAGUGUAUUAAGGGAGACUUGUUAAAGAUCAAUGAGGGAGAUAAAGAUGUUUGUCAUUUCCAAACUUUAUCUUUUCCACUGAAGUGAUAUGAAUUUACACUUUCAGAAUUUAUCUGAAGUUGAAUAAACUUUCAGGCAGCUUA